AUGAAAACAAUUGCUCAAACUAAAACUAUUAAUGGCAAAGUUGAUGUUAAUCUAAAAGAGGCCGUUAAACCUCCUAGUAAAGUUGUUGAAGUGGAUGUUCAAGUGGAAGAAGAACUAGCCAAUUCAACAUUAGUCAAUUUGAACCUUGAUGACAAUUUAUCAAAUAUCCGAAAGCUACUCGAACAAAAAAGUUCGGUUAAUAUUAAUAGUACAUUAUCAUUUGCGAAAUAUAAAACCAACAAAGAAGGGAAUACCUUUUCAAAAAUAUCAGAAGAAGAUGAAGGACACAAGACUUUGGCUGAGAUUAUACAAAUGAUUAAUGAUGAAGAAUCGAAAAGUUACAAGUUGUAUCUAAGGAAAAGUUCAACCCUGGAUUGGAAAUACUUAAAUAAAAAGAGUCAAUUAGAAUUUGGACGUAUCAUCGAUCAAGGUGAAAUUAAAGAAGCUGAUAAGCAAGCGUAUGAGAUGACAGAUUGCAAAUUAACUUUAAUGAAUGAAAGUAACAAUUAUAAAUUCGAAUCAAAAGAAGAAUGGAUGAUGUCAUCAAAUUCUUACUUUUCCGCGGAUAUGAGUGCACAGUAUUACGCGAAAUUAGGAAUCUCUUCCGAAAUAAAAAGAAGCGAAAAAUCAAGUUCUGAAACUAAUUUAUCAUAUCAUUGCACACAAUAUGAAAGAGCUUCUCUAGAAUUUAGUAAAUAUUUAAAACCAAGAGAAGAAUUUAUUGAUGCGGUAAAAGAUGCUUUAAAUUCAAAGGACGUAAAGAAGUUGAAGUUAAUCCUUGAGGAAUUUGGUCAAUUCAUCUCAACUGAAGUUAUCUUUGGUGGUAAGGCUUAUAUUGAAGGGUUAAAGGUUUCAAAAGAACUUUCAAAUGAAAGUUCUAAUGAAGUUUCGGCGAAUCUAAGUUCCGGAGCCGCAGCUGCAAAAUUAGGUCUCGCUUCUAAAUCUUCAAAUGAAAGUUCCGAUUACUCACAACGCGAUUGUUUAAAGUUAAUCGGAGGAAAGGUGCCCGAUAUUACAAAGUUUGACGAAGAUUCUUGGUAUAAAUCUUUGAGUGAUUAUAGAAAUUGGGAUUGCAUAGAAUUUCAAAAUCCUGCUUGUAUCUUUAAAUUUUUAAAGGAGACAGAAUUACAAAAGGAUUUCUCUUCACUCGUUGGAAAAAAAAUUAUUUAUUCAAAAGUUGAAACCAUCGAUUAUUUGUUGGAGGCACAUGGAAAACCCAAAGUUGUUGAAUUGGUGAAUAUACCACCUAAUGUUUUAAAGAUUGUACAUAACAAGGAAGCUGAUUGUAACUUUUUCGCAACGGUCAUUGACACGAAAGAUGGGAAGAAUGAUUUCUUUCAUUGUCAAAUCCUUUAUUCGUCAGAUGAACAACCAAGCCUUAUAAUUCAUUGUAUUCAAAAUGAAUUUAAAAAACGUGAAUGUAAAUUGAAAAUCCGAUGGAUGGUCGUUGGUUAUCGCACAGAUUUGGAUUUUGCCCUCAGAGAUUUUGAUGUUCAAUUACAUAUAGAAAGACAUGAUUUUGAUGCGUCAAAAAAUGCGAUCAUGUCCAAUAGGGAGUUAUUGAAAUUCAAACCAAGCCUAAAGAAUUUUGCUAUCUUUGGAAUCCCUGUGUUAAAUCAUUUAGAAAAUGAAUUUCUCGUUAUUGGUCAUCAUUUUUAUAAAACUAACGAUAAUAAUAUCGGAAUAUACGCGUUCGCUUUUGAUGUAAAAAAUAAUCAUUAUGUUACCUUACCCAAAUUUACCUUUUAUACACUCGUCAUUUCAAAUUAUCCUAAUUCCAAUGCUUAUGGUACAUCCUCUUUUGAAUGUGAUAAUAGUGCAUUACCAAAGUAUUUUAGUUUAUUUUCCAAAGAAGAAAAGAAUUGUGGUCCAGUUUUUCUGAAACAAAAACAACGUGAAGUUAAAGCAAAAACUAUACUUGAUAAAAUGUGUACUCAAGUCUCCUGUAUUUGCAAAAAUGAACUUUUCAACAAGACAAAAGAUAAUUUGGAAUAUUACUUCUUCAAUCCAGAAACCUUCUUGAGCCACAAUGAGUCUUAA